GUCUUUUUACCCUGUCUGGGGUCAGCAUCUACGUCAGAUACUCUGACCUGGCCAUGGAGGAGUUCCAGCAGAUAGUGUCCCCAGAGAGCCUCGCCCAUGUGGACGUGUCCUUCGGAUGGUCCUUCGCCAUAGCGUGGCUCUCCUACAGCCUGGAGGUGGUCACCGGCCUGCUGCUCAUGCUAGCUGCCAGAAUAACUCAGAUGAAGGGAUGCUAUGACUCUGGUGUGACCAUCGCUAUGUUAUAG